AUGAUAGUUGAUGUUUCUCAUCCCUCCUUCGACGUCUCUACCCUCUCUAAACUUGGAUUCCCAUCUGAUCCCUUUUCCCUCCCAGUACACUCCGACCACCUGAAAUCCUUCGCCAUACAUUUCGCCUCCAGCAGGCGCCGCCAUAUCCGCUGCCAUCGCUGCCCUUCGUAUCUCUGGCGACACCCUCCCAUACCUCCGGUUCUAGCCUCCAACAACUUCUACGCCGCCCUCGCAAAACAGAGUGCCAUGGAAAUCGAGCCUUUGUUAUGUUAUGAGUUACAUGUGGUGGUUAUAGUGUUCGAUAAUGGCGGUGUGUAUGGUGGUGACCGGAUAAACCCUGAAGAAGUUAUGGGGCAUGUUGUUAUAAAUGUCACCAUUGACAUUGACCAUAGAGGGAACAAAACAUUGUAA